AUGCUCGCCAAGGUUACAGGAAUCUUCGUGGACAAUGCCAAGGCUCUCAAAGGUGCAGACGAGGAUGCGAUGUACCUCGAGGCGUUGACUGAGAGGAAGCGGUGGAUCGCAGACAUCAAGGACUUGUUCAUCAAACUGGCUCACAUCAAUGGCCAGUUCACCCUGGAAGAUUUCAAGGAGCAGAUGUACAACAUCAAGGUUCAGACCCUUUUCCGCAAGCUCGGCAUCAAUUUGGACGGCAUCAACGCCGAAGAACUGUGGGACAUUCUGGAUGCAGACCAGAGCGGCUGCAUCGACGAAGAGGAGUUCGCCAAAGGCUUGAAGUUUUUCCAAGGGCCGGCGCAGAGCAUCCACGUCUACCGCUUGAUGCGCGAGGGCUCGAAGCUCCACGACAAGGCUUCUUUUGUGGCUGAAAUCAAGCCCUGCAGGCAUUUCACUUGGAUGUUUCUCCUCCAGCAAGAAGCUGAGUCGGAACUCCUAGGUUAG